CUCCAUCAUAUAUCAACAGCUUCGAAACAACUAACAAUAAUGGGCAAAGCUUUGGAUCUCAAGUAUGCCGAGCUCAUGCGAGCGCAUCCUUUCGGCACAGCGCUGUACCUGCCAAUUCCCUCGAGUCAGUUUGAGCCUGGUUUCGUAGGAUACUUUGACUCGACUGGUGCCUGGAAUCCUAUUGGAGAUCUCACAUCGUCGUCAAGCCUGCCAUCGGGUUUGUCAUCCAUCGAUAGCACCACUUUGAAGCGCGCUCCAUCUCAGAAACAGAUAUGGGGACCCAAGCUGGGUAACGAGACAAGAGGCAGGGCGAUAGAUUUGAGUGUCGGCCUUGGAGCAAUACCUAUGCUGGCUGCAGCUGCGCUUCCCUUCGAUGUUUCCGCCUGCUUCAGAUUCCAGUCAGACCAGAAUCAUGGGGCUGUACUCCUCACCAGUGGACCUGUAGUCCAUGAGCGAUACUAUCAUAAAGAGCCACUUUUACAAUGGAUGAAGCAGAACGCAAAAAGCAUAGUGAAAUCACAUCCCGAGGUCAGAGAAAAUGGUUUGUGGGUAAUUACUUCCACAUGGACGGCAGAGGAUGCAUCUGUGAAUUGCUGGAACUCUAAAGGCAAGGUGGUUGAUGUCGGGUUCAGUACAACGGCUCUUGAAUUUGGGGAAGUGGCCCCAAAAGGAAGUUAUCUGCACGGAGGAAGCGCAGAAGGCUGGAUAAGCACUCAGAGUGAUGAAAAGGAUAAAGGCCAUGUUGUCUUCUUCCAUGGUAUCCGAUUCACCUGGGUACCUAUCAGAGGGUUAGCAGAGAAGAAGAGUCCAAGGCAAUUCCGAGGAGAAGGUCCAUCAACCUCUGCAUCUCUGACAACGUUUGAAGAUGAUUCAGGUGUCGGAAGUCUUGAAGUACGCUAUGAAGAUCAAACUGAGAAGGAGGAGCAGGAUGCAGUCGAUGAUGAGGAAGAUGCAUGGGAAUAAAUGUUUCUAUGGGCUAAUAAAAUGAAAGCUUACUGAAUAAUUAUAUAAGAAUAAGAAGAAAAUGUGCCCAAGA